UUUUGUCUGCUGGAGACUCUGGUGACAGCCAUUGUCGAUGAAAUCGGUACAGACUGGAUCAUCAGGAACAAGACCGUUGUCACGCUGUCGGUGGCCAUUGUUGGAUUUUUACUUGGAGUGCCGCUAACGACACAGGCAGGAAUCUAUUGGUUGCUACUGAUGGACAACUAUGCUGCUAGCUUCUCUUUGGUCAUCAUCUCCUGCAUCAUGUGCAUCUGCGUCAUGUAUGUUUACGGCCACAGGAACUACUUUAAAGACGUGGAGAUGAUGCUGGGCUUCCCCCCUCCUCUCUUCUUCAAAGUCUGCUGGAGAUUCAUCUCCCCCGUCAUUAUCACUUUCAUCCUGAUCUUCACAGUGAUCCAGUACAAGCCCAUCACCUACAAUGACUACGUGUAUCCUGGCUGGUCUCUGGCUAUCGGUUUCUCCAUGGCUCUGUCCUCAGUGAUCUGCAUACCAGUCUACGCCCUCUUCAAGAUCUCAAGGUCCCCAGGAGCCACCUUCAGAGAG